AUGGAGGCCUCCAAGGAGACCUUUAGAUCUUUAUCAGCCACGACUGAGCUGUUGCAGGAGGUGCUCAGCACCACCACAGCGCUGGCGCGAUGCGGCGCCCCGGGGUCUUUGCGCGACACCCACGCGGCGGCCCUGUGCGCGCUGGCCGUGGUGGUGGGCAAGACUUCAAUGGCCGAGGACAACAUCUCUGCGCUGCGCAAGGGCGUGCGCGCGUCCACGCGGCGGCUGCAGCGGGGCCGGGCUGGCGGUGCAGCCGAGGCACCAACAAUUGCGGACAUUGUCGGCCGCAAAACCUUCGCCGGCCUCGACGCCGCCACCGCCGCCAUGCUGGACGCCGCCGCCGCGCCCGUUGGAGUUUGCGGGAUGUGA